UCUCCUCUCCUCUCCCGUCUACUGCCGCUGCUGCCAGGCAGACACACACUCACGAGCUGAGGAAAAGCUCACGACUCACCACCGACCAGAAUAACCAAGCGUCUGACUCCUAAACACGUUUUGUGAUUCCUGAGUAGAGAAGAUCUCCAGACUUGACCUGGUAAUCUGCGGAUUGAGAGGGACGUGCGUAAAGCGCCGCCACAGAGGAACUCUUAAUAAAUGAGCUGAAGUGUCAAAAGGAUUUCUCUCUGUGUUUUCGGUCUCCGGGUUUCCUCUGGCUGGCGUGCAGGAAUGAUGCGUGCUUCACUGGACUCGAGCAGCCGAUUCGCAGGCUGAUGAAACACUUUGUCAAUCCUUGUUCUUUGCGUUACUGCAACCCAGCGAGAAACCUGCACAACAUCACCACAUAGUGCAGCGGUGAUGGACCUUCGUUUUGACAUCUUGGUGAUGCACGCUUGUCAGUCACCCUGCUUUUGUGAAAUGCAUCACUUCUGCACACAAUUCCUGCUCGUGUGACUUUUUCAAAGAGCGGCGGAUGCUCAAAAUGUUUCUCCAUCUGUCUGCAUGAGGGAUGGCGACCAAACCGCGCCAAGUCCAAGAGUGUUUAUCUGCACGUUUGCACCUGUCCGGGUGGAUAAUGACAGUUUAUGCCACAGGUGAAUGAAUAUCGGCUCAGUUUCUCUUAACAGCGAGGGGGGUGUUUGAGGCUGUUCUCUGACUCUGGCAUUCAGAUCGAGCUUGUUGCACAGUGACAAUGGAUCUCAAAGUGGAAACCGAAGAAAUGGACACAAAUCAACCGCCGCCCAUAGAAGUUUUUGCGCACAGCUCGACUCUGCACGGAAUCUCGCACAUUUUCACGUACGAGCGGGUCUGCAUCAAACGCUGCCUGUGGGUCGUGUUUUUCUUGGGCUCUCUGACCUUCUUGCUGUACGUGUGCGUGGACAGGAUCCACUUCUACCUCGAGUACCCGCACGUCACCAAACUGGAUGAGGUCGCGACCCCGAUCAUGACGUUCCCCGCGGUCACCUUCUGCAACCUGAACGCGUUCCGCUUCAGCCGGGUGACGCGCAAUGACCUGUACCACGCAGGGGAGCUGCUGGCCCUGCUCAACCAGAGGUAUGAGAUCAGGGACAUACAUCUUGUGGAGGAGAGCGUCCUGGAGAGCCUGAAGGUUAAAGCUGAUUUCCAUAACUUCAAGCCGCGACCCUUCAACAUGCGGGAAUUCUACGACCGCACCGGACACGACAUAAACGACAUGCUGCUCGCCUGCCACUUUCAUGGAACCGAGUGCAGAGCAGAGGACUUCAAAGUGGUCUUCACUCGCUAUGGGAAGUGUUACACCUUUAACGCUGGCGGUGAUGGACGCCCUCCCCUCAUCACCACCAAGGGUGGUAUGGGUAAUGGACUCGAGCUCAUGCUGGACAUUCAGCAGGAUGAAUACCUGCCUGUGUGGGGAGAAACAGAUGAGACUUCAUUUGAAGCCGGAGUCAAAGUUCAGAUCCACAGUCAGGAUGAGCCGUCCUUCAUUGACCAGCUCGGGUUUGGAGUGGCGCCCGGGUUCCAGACGUUUGUUUCUUGCCAGGAACAGAGGCUGAUAUAUCUCCCUCCACCCUGGGGAGACUGUAAGGUGACAGCGAUGGAUUCAGACUUCUUUGACAGUUACAGCAUCACAGCCUGUCGCAUCGACUGUGAAACACGCUACCUGGUGGACAACUGCAACUGUCGCAUGGUGCACAUGCCUGGCGACGCUCCCUACUGCACCCCCGAGCUGUACAAAGAAUGUGCUGACCCAGCACUCGAUUUCCUGGUGGAGAGAGACAAUGAUUUCUGUGUGUGUGAGACGCCCUGCAACAUGACCAGAUACAGCAAAGAGCUGUCCUUCGUCAAGAUCCCCAGCAAGGCCUCUGCCAAAUAUCUGGCAAAGAAAUACAACAAAUCUGAGCAGUAUAUUAAGGAGAACAUUCUGGUUCUAGACAUCUUUUUUGAGGCUCUCAACUAUGAAACUAUUGAACAGAAGAAGGCUUAUGAAGUGGCUGGACUUCUAGGUGAUAUCGGUGGUCAGAUGGGACUUUUUAUCGGGGCGAGCAUACUCACCAUUCUGGAGAUAUUUGACUACCUUUACGAGGUGAUAAAGUACAAGUUGUGUCGCUGCUCCGAUAAGAAGCACAAGCACAACAACAACAACGACCAGGGGACGGUCCUGAGCUUAGACGACGUCAAGUGUCACGUCAGUAACUUUCAUUAGGCUUCUGCCGCGGCGAGGAGGGAGCCGCCGCACUCUCUUGUCUCUGAGCGGUUUUAAUGGACUUUGUUCGUUGCAGUUUUCCAGACUGCGGGAGCAAACAGAGUGAAGUGUCUUAACUGUGCCUGGUUACGGUUUGUGAGGUGAAUACAGCUUGUGGCUGACAUGAGGAGGAGCCACAUGGACAGCAGGACAGCAGAAACCAGAGAUCAAAUAUGUUGAAUUCAAAAAUGUCAGAAUAACUGCAUGGUCAUCAGCUUCUCCAGACAUAGUAACAGAUACAGUAAAUGAGGGCAUGAACUGAGCUGAGGCUCAUCUGUGUUCAGUAAAUCAGCAUUAGAUACCCAGCUGUGUGGUGGUGUUCGUCAUCUGUCAAUCUGGGGGAGUUCUUUGUAAAAUACUUUCUGUGACAGGUUUGUUUCCCCUCACAAAAUGUUGUUAUUUUAGAUGUGUUUUCUGUAUUUGCAUGUGAGUGCUGCACAUUCUUUAAUUUCUGCCCUUUGAGGUUUGCUUUCAUCACCUUUUUUGUUCUUAACUUGUCCACCAGUUUUCCAUUUUUACAUUUGUGUAAUCCGACCUUGUGCUAUGACUGAUGGCUCCCCUUGUUAAAACCUGAGCAUUUUGCCGAUAUACUGUACUACCUCAUCUCGCAGCGUGACAGCACCCUUAAAAAUUUACAAGCCAAGCAAAUUAAUAAUAAAAAAGGUCAUUUCCAUGUAUAGAAAUGAGCAGAACAGGCUGAAAAAAGAACCCCCCACGUAACACUUACUGAGCAGCAGUCUCAGGUCUUUUUAGCAGAGGACAUUUUGACAUGUCGCAGUAGGAAAAUCAAAGGUGGGAAUAAUAAAAUUAAUGAUGGCUGAAUUCUGUUUAGCUACUUCAGUUACAGGGUCCCAUUAUUGUGUAGCCUUGCUCGCUGUCACACUGUCAUGGCUUAGUGGGACACUUGAAUAGAACAGAGCCAUUUUAAUAGUAUUAAUUAUAGCACCUGUGUUUUUCCUGCUAUGACAAGUCAAAAUGUUCGCUGUGAAAAAGGCCACGGUUAAAGGACUAUUCCAGGAUAAUAAAUGCUGGUAUGAAGUAGGGAUGGACGUUUUUAGGAACUUCCAUGUGCCACUGCUUGCAUUGAAUUAUUAAAAAGUACUAAAAAAAUCUAAUGUAAGAAUAGGAACGGAAAACAAGUGCAAUUUGAGAUUAAUUUAUUAAACAGACAGGUUUCAAUUAGCCUAUUAAACCAUUGUUGCUGCCGUUGACGUAACAUAGGUUAGACGCAGAGCUGACAUACUGUCGCUGAGCUGCUCUCCUCUCGGUCACUUCAACAUCUGCCCAGUUAGCACGAGCUAAUACAGCAGCAGCAGCUCACACCAUCACCAAAACAGAUUGCCUCUGUCCGAUUAAUAACCCUUAGAUAACGUUAGGCUAGCUGUAUUAUGCUAACAGUUAGCCCUGUCUGUAUGUGUGAAUGUGGGUGAUCUUUAACCAACUGUUCCCCAGUAUGAAGCUCACAGUCUUGCAGCAGUUGUCUCCCAGUGUCUUAUGAUAACCAGAGAGAGAGCGACAGCAGGGUAGGAGGUGUUAAGCGAAGCAAUAUGUUGCAUGCAGCUCUACAAUGAAAUAUGAAUUUACCUAGUAAAAAAAAAAUAUAUAAAAGUCAUAUUCACAUCUGGGAGGUUGGGCGGUGAUUACUCAAUACAUUUAACAAAUGCUGACGUUCAAACGAGUGUUCGAGUACUCAUGUCCAUCUCUAGUAUGUAGUGUAGUGCAGCAGUAUCUAACUCAAGUUUGCCAUCAUAAGCUACUGAUCAUAUCAGACCAAGUAAACUGAUUAACCCUCAGUGUACUGAUCUGAGAUCUGUGACUACAACAGCAGUCCACAAACCAAUGGGUGAUGUCAUGGUAGCUACGUCUGUUAUUUUAUACAGUCUGUAUAUUAUACUCAUACAUGAGAGCAAUAUCAAUCUGCUCAUCCUGCUCUAAAGAGCAGACGUACAUAUUUCUCAAAAUGUGACUUUUGCCAUAAAAGGGCAACUUUGGUAUUUUUCAACCUGGACACCAUUUUCCAUGUUUGUCCAACUAAUUUUUAAAAGCAGUCCAGUUGAGCAAGAGGGCUGCUGCACAACAGGCUGCAGUGUAACCACUCCACGCAUGUUUACACAGUCAGUGUGUAUCCUGUAAUACCUGGGCCACACUGCUUGCGUGAGCAGUAGGUGACAGCUGCCUCAUUGAAUUGCUGCGGCACCUGCAGUGUUUAUACAGAUGAUGUAGCUGCUGCAGAGCUGUGUGUUUCUAUAACAACUGUAUUUCCACAAUUAAAAGCAGACACUCCACUCAUUCAUGGAGCCGUGCAAACCACUGCAUUGUCAACAAAUGCACAAUAAAAAGCCUUGUGUUAACAGAUGAAGGGGCUCUGUUGACAGAAACGUUGUCACCAGGAAGUGUUGAGAUAAGAAUAAUUUUUCAUGUCUGUGAUCAACUUUUAAAACUGUAGUUAAAGGUGGUAUGAUGUCAAUAUGAUUAUCAAACGACCAUUUUCACUGCCCAAUUUUGCUGAAUAUUGCACACGCCACAGAAAAAAUAGGCAAGACUCUCUAGAUGUUCACACCUGAGCAGCGCUACUCAUAUGGGCAGUGUGGCUGCUCUAACCUGUUAACAUGGACACUGCAAAAAAACAAGAGGUUCCAUGACGUACACACACUGCUCACACAGGCGGUGUGGCCCAGGCCUGAAAGUGCUUAUUUUUCCACUGACAUAAUGUUGUUCAGUGCAGCCUGUGGCAUACUGUAGGCAGUAUAAGCGAAUGUGAAGAAUGUGGUCAUCCAUGGGGGGCUCCACACGAGGAAAGAAACAAAAAAAAAAGUUUAUCUUUUAUUAUUCUUUACUAAUACUAUUACUAUUUUUAUUUUUGAAAUAUGACAUAAGGCACAACAACAUAACUAAAUAGCAAAGCCUACUGAAUAAUAGAGAGGCCUUUUUUCUGGGUUCCUGCCGCACCCCUCCCGAGCUCGUUACACUUAUCAUGUAUCAUAUAUAGUAAAAAGGCUUUGUGCUUAUUUUUUAAAAAACUUUUUUCAUGUGAGAGAAGGUUAUGUAAAGGUUGUCUCAUAAAUGUGUAUUAUUGAAUUUGUGCUCAUUUAAAGGUAGGAAGGACUGAAUGACUUCCAAACUCUUCAUUUCUUUCUUUUUUUUAAGCGUAGAUUUUUGUGUUUCCUUGGCACAAAAGAAGAAAUAACAAUUGGCAAAAUUGUUAUUUUAAACACUGGUAUCAGUAUUGGCCAAGAAUUUCAAAAUCGGAGAACCCUAGUUCAAUUAGAAAGUUAAUUUCAACAUUUUAUUAUCAUUUUACAAUGUCAUAUAUUAUUUUAUUGUUUAUUCCUCUGAACAAGUUAAUUUAGAAUUAUUUUAUGAUUUAUAUGAUUACUCCAACACAUGUGCAACAUGUUACUGAAAGCAAAUUAGCACAUAUUUUAUUUCGUUUUUUACUGUUAGCUAGGUUGUUAAUUUGCAUUUUAGUAAUAAACCUGCAGUACUUUGAACGUUGAGCUGCAGCAAACAACAUGUUUUUUUGGGGGGCGGGGGAAAGCUCGCCUCGGGUACCAUAUGAACAAGGACUGCCACUGUUGUUGGCAGCAAAACAGACCGUUUUUGCAGCUGUAAAUUUACAGUACACAGUUGCCUCAAGUGAUUACUUUACAGCCUGUUUCACAGCUGCCGCUACAUAAAAACUGUUGUUUCCAUUCGUCUCUUAGACACCAAAAAAAUGGGAAAAUUGGGUCCAAGCUGAAAAAUACUGACGUUACCCUUCAUGUCAGAUGAUCUAAAACAAGUAUCUUAACAUAUAAAGCAGAUGCAUGGAUACACAGCAACAACAUUUAACGUACACAAACCAUAUAAUGAACAAGUAUUUAAAAAGCUCUUCUCCAUGUGGUGCUACUUAGUGAAUGAUUUGCCUUCAAAUUCCCUUUUAAUGACAAUCACUGCAUACUGUAGAGACAUUAAAAAUAUAAACAUGUGUUUCCUGACAGGAGUUCAAAACAAUUAUUUUAAGGGAGUGUCAUACAUGCAGAUGCUGUUCAUCACAUUCAAUAGAAUUUAUCUUGAGGUGUGUGUUCACAUGGCAAGAAGACAUUAACGAGUACAAAUAUGUUGAAUGUGUUUCGCCAUAUUCUGGGGGCUCUCAGUUGCAUGUAGCACUGUACAGUAGGCGUCUUAAACGUGGUCCGUCGAUGAACAAUCUGCAGUGUAGUGUGUGUGGUUGUCUGUUACUUAUUUUUGUGUGUGUGUGUGUGUGUGUGUGUGUGUGUGUGUGUGUGGUGACAACAUUUCACCAAAUUCAGAAGCUGAAUAAGGUAAAUCUGAAACGCUGCCCUCGUGUCCAAAACACUGUAUCUGUUAUGAGUCAGUCUGUAAACAUGUCGGCUCUGGCGGUGCAUGUUUAAUACUGUAUCUGUUCUGACUCUGUUUACAAAAAUCAAACAUUUUUCUGUUGGCGUUAAUCUACUUGCACUCACUCCCAUUGAGAUCAAUGUUAUUCUUAACAGGAAAUGGGAACUGUACAGCUGCGUAGUGUUAUUAUCAAGCACAAUCAUGCCAUCAACUGUAAUGUAAUGUAAAUACUGGAUAAUAAUCUCAGUGUAUUAGCGUAGUCUGAUCUGUGUGACGUUGUUCUCGUUGUAUUUAUUUAAUAUAGACUAGCUGUGUGUCUAUUUUUCUGUACAUAUUAUUUAUCUAAAGUAUAUUUAUCAAAAGGUAAAGUAUGAGGCUCUAUCUUUGUUUUUGUUUUUGCUACAGUCACAGCUGCUUUUAUUGUAAAUGAUGAUCAGUUGAACAGCUGGACCGUUGUUUUCCAGCGUCCACUGCAUGACGUCAUGCAUCUCAAAACAAGUCGUCCGGCCGCCAUGCUUUCAGGUUUUCUUUUAUUUUUGCCUCCAUUGUU